UGCCGCACAGGGACUGUGUUGGAAACACACAUUUUUAAAAUUGCUCGUACGAUAACAUUUUUGCUAAAUAUCAAUAUUUUUCGGUAUUUGAAGGUGGUUUAUAAACCCAGUGAGGUUGCCAUGUCGAAAUUAUUGCAAAAUACAUGCUCAUGUGAGCGUACGAGCAAUUAAAAAAAAAAUGUGUGUUUCCAACACAGUCAUGUGCGGCAUGGAUGUUUACUAAAAAUGUGCAGGCCGAACACAUUUUUGAGCGUAGUCGUUUUUGCGUGUACUCUGUUGCGUCGCCGUCAGUUGCAGUGCGUCUUCUGUUUGUUGAAAAAAAAAACAUUUUGCAAGUUUAGUUUAUUAAAAAUGGCUCGAAAACGCACUACUGCGUCGAAAAAACGCGUUCUAACGCUGGCAAACGAACAGAACUCGGAGUUUAUCCUGAAAGGAUUUCCAGAAUCAACCGUAAGCUGAUGCAAGAAACGCUAUUUGGUGAAUUUUUUUAACCUCUCUUUAUUUCCAGAAAGCGCUCGAGUCCGACGAUAACCCGGCCUCGGCGAAAAUCGAAAACAGGCGGAAAAAAGUCGUCAAAUUAGGUCAGUCGGGUCAAUCCGGAGGUGAUCCGACGAAUGUCAAGCGUGCUGGCUCCACAGUCGGUUCUACAAAGGCUUUGCAAAAACCGAACAGUGGAAACAACCUUCCGGAUUUGACAACGCAUGCAUCCGGAAAGCCAAGCGGUGUGUCCGCUGCCAACAAAUCUUGCCUUGGAAAACUAACAGAGAACGCCGCUGAACCGGGACACACUUUCUCCAGGAGUGAUACUAUCAAACAACCUGGUCUGUCAGGCGGAAAAUCAGUCCAGUUUGCAAUGAUUCCUGGAGACGAUCUUGCGGAAUUCCGGAAAAUUCCUGGAUCCGGCAAGCCAAGUGAUGAGCCUGCCGCCAAAAAACGGUCCUUUGGCAAACGAACAAAGAAUGGGGCCGAACCGAAACGCACGUUUUCCGGCAGGGAUCAGGCUAGUCAAGCUGGUUCGUCAGGCGAAAAAUCGGAGGGAUUUACAACGUUUUCACAGGAACAGGACAGUGGAGAUGAUCUUGUGGAAUUCCGGAAAAUGCCUGGAUCCGGUGAACCAAAUGGCGAGCCCGCUGCUAAAAAACAAUCCCGUGGCAAAUCCACGAAGAGGGAUACCGAGGCUGGAAGCACAUCGCCUUCAAAUUACGGAAACGCAACACCAGGAACCUCCACGAUUUCCGAAGUUUCGCCACGCGCCAAAGGUACUCAGCGAUCUGCAAAGCCUCAACAACAAACUAAACCUGGCGCCAUACGAGCAUCGGGUGUGCAGCAAACUAUUUUGCAACAAUUUACCGGAAACGACAUGGAAGGCACUUCUGAAACAUCAGAUUCUGACAAUCAUGCCGAUAGUUUUGGUUGCGAUGAUGACGAUGGACAUGAUGAGUUGGAACAGUGUGGCGAACGUGACAAACUUGAAAUGAAGCAAAUGUCUGAAUCUGUCGAUUCUGAUGAGAUUUCCAAGAACUGGGUUGUCGCUAAACCAAGAUUACUUUCUGGACUGAAUAUCGGAAAUAGUGCAGGACAAACGAAGUCGCAACAUUCCGAUUUGGAAGACACGUCGGUGGAUUCAGACAUGGAAAAUGAUUUUCUUGGAUGGGACAUGAGCGGAGAUGAAAUGGUGAACAAAAGUGUACAGAAUCAGUUAACUUCGCAAGAGAAGAUCCAAGAAUGUUCAUGUGGAUUGGCAGAGGAAGUGGCUAAACUGAAAUCUGACAACUACGAACUACAGAGGCGGAACAUGUACCUCAAAAAGCGCAAGGACACUAUUGAACGAUCUCAUGCAAGGAUGCAAGAAGCUUUGAUGUCGAAGCUUUUACCUACCACUCACAAACCGUUUGAAAAUGUAACAGGAUAUCCGGAUUGCCUGAGCGCAGAUAAUGUAUCGAAGAUGUCCAUGGUGGCAAAGGAUAGCGAUUACAUUUUCGUGAAACUGCUUAUGUACGCUAUUUGGCCAGAAGGUUUUGAGGGAAAAUCGGUAACGGGACGAUCAUCGAACAAUCCGAUGGGUCGUGGCAAGAAAAAUGUCAAUGAUGCUGAAGAUGAUGCCAAUAACCGAACAAUUGCUGAUCGCACUGCACUCGAGAAGAACAAAGUGCAAUUUGUUAACGAUUGUCUCCAUGAGCGUCGGAUCUUAUUGAAUGAUACAACACUGGUGGCACAGAAGGUUGCUUCUAAGUGCAACCGACUUAUGCAAAACGUGAUAAGUAACUGUAAUCUUUAUAAAACCUCUGCUUAAUCGUUCGGCGGUCGCGCGGGCAUCCAUCGCCGAUUGCAGAACGCUGUGCACAACAAACAAUGUUGUACAGGAAACAACAGCGUUUCCCGUGGAGGUUCAAUUUUGUUGAAAACCUUUUUUUAAUUAUUUGACUUGAACUACAUUUGUUUAAAACUUUUUUAUUAAAUAUGAUCGAUAUGAAUUCUGAUCCGGUUGAAAAAUCAAAACUAAUUUGAUUAAUAUAGCUGGGCUUGUAUUGAUUUAUCUGGUUAAAUAAAUGACAAGAUAAAAAGCUUUAAACACUUUUCUAUUGUUUAUAUUUUAAAUAAAAAGAACAAUGAAUUAUAUUUUUGUUAUAACCAGUGUAUUAUUACAACAAAACGAUAACUAAUUAUGUAUUCACAAUUUUGUUUUCCGUCCAUACUUUUCAGAGCACAUUUAUAUCAAAAUUUGAUGUUGUAAAUUUGUUUUCAUCGUUUUCAUUUUACUGCAAAUUGAUUACUCAAUAUGUUCUCUCAGUUUUGUUUUCAUUGCCCUAAUACAGCAUCAUAUUGCAUACUCGUUUUGUUUUCAACUGAUAAAAAACCAAUAUCUUAUUGUGUUUUCAAUUUGCUAGCACCGAUAGCAAAACUAGUUUUCAACUUGAUUUCAGGGGAACAUUUUUCUGCUCUCGA